AUCUACGUCAUCCUCUGCCAAGUUUAUGAUGCGUGCGCAUACGCGCGUGUUCUCGAUUUCCACUUGUAAUAUAUAUGUUUACAUGCACAUUUAUCUACAGCUAGCGAAUCAUUCAUUAGACCUAAUCUGCAGAAUAACAUUACUUAUUGUGCACUCAUUUUGGCAAAGACUUUUAAUGGAUUGAAAAUUACGAAAUCUUAAAAAAAGUUAUGUUAAUUGCAUCAUUACGAAUCUUGAGUUUUAUUAUAUAAGUAUAUAAUUGCAAAUUAUCAAAGAAAUAAUAUUUUCUUGCGAUCUGUUUAUUUUGUUAACAAUAUAAUACUAAAAUACCAAUACACGAUUUAUUUAGAUACACAGAGAUGAAAAUGAUGCCGGUUGUGAUAUAACAUUCAGUAAAAAUAGCUUAUAAUUUUACGAAAUGAAUAGUUACGAAAGUUAAGUUAAAUUAAAUAGAUGGCGCUAUCAUAGACUUAUAGUUAGAAAUCAGCUGAUUGAGUAAAAUAUUCGUAUUAUUCGUGUACUCAUGCUCUUGCAGUUGCUAUCGUUUUAUUUGAUUGUUUUCAGCAAAAAAUUGUCACGCGUUAGAUUGUAAAUAAAGAAACAAACGAAGUUUAAUCUAACGCAAUCUAUUAUAAUAACUAUGUUUGGUCGUAUGUUUAUGUCAAAUUUUCGUAAUAUUUCGCUUCUAUCGAGAGUAUGGAACGGACCCAAUAGUGCAUUGGCUGGCAAACAUGCUGAGCAAAAAAUGAUAUCAAUUUUAAGAAACAAAUUUCCUAAAGCUAAACUUAUAGAAGUAAAUGAUGUAUCAGGAGGAUGUGGUGCAAUGUUUGAAAUAAAUGUUGUAGCACCAGAAUUUAAAGGAUUGAACACUAUUAAACAGCAUCGGUUAAUUAAUGAAGCUCUUAAGGAAGAGAUUAAGGAUAUGCAUGGUGUACGAAUAUAUACAAGUGUUCCUGAAUCUUAGACAAUUCUUAAUUUUUUUUACAAAACUAUUUCUUAUAUUAUAAAAUAUAUCACAAAAUGUAUAAUUAAACUGUACAAAGUUUUGUAAAUUUUGCAUAUAAAUAUUCAUUAUACAUAUUUUGUGAUUUAUUUAUGUUCAUAUAUAUGUAUACAUAUAAUUAAAAUAUUUAUUUAAUAGUUUUUAAUAACAUAAAUUACAUAUAUACAUAAUAGAAAUAUAUAUUAUAUAUAAACUACUUAUAUAAAUACAGACUAUAUAUUUUUA